GGAAAACUGUGCAUGUAUUUACCUUCCUUCAAGAUAACAACGUCGAUAACAUUCAAACGAAGCAUGAAGCAUGUAUGCACAGAAGAUAGAGCCAAAUGCUUUAUGGAAGGGAAUGCACGACACUCAGGAGUAUACACGCUGUCGUGGAGCUAGAGCAGGUUUUCCCAACUUAAAUUGGUGAUGACCACGACAGCCACGCCUCAAUCUACCAUUCGUCCAACCGUGGGGUUUUCACGGGCGAUGAGGACGACGCGUGCACAUCUUGUUUUGGAAAAUCCCAAAAACUAUGUAGCAGAACGAUUUGCUCAACUUUGGUACAAGUCCAACUGGUGAACCAAUGGAAACCAAAGAGGUCUUUGCUGAUAAGCUUCCUUAUCAUUCCAUCAUUUUCUCAGCCUCUCUUGUAUAUAAGCAGCGUCGAAAAAGUUCCAAGAUGCUGAAAAACGCAACUCUGUUGUCUCGUCGCAUUCUUCUGUCUCCAAUUGCUGGACAAGAUGUCAGGCAAAUGACCACAGCCGCCGACCUGGCUCGUCAGAGGAGAUCCCUGCAGGGUAGAGUAGCUGUUAUUACAGCAUCAACUGAUGGAAUUGGAUUUGCCAUGGCCCAGCGUUUGGCAGUAGAUGGAGCUCAUGUUGUGAUCAGCAGUCGCCAUCAGAAAAAUGUCGAUGCUGCACUCGAGAAACUGAAAAGUGAAGGUCUGUCCGCCAGUGGAAUGGUUUGUCACGCAGGUGUCAAGGAAGACCGUCAAAAGUUGAUUGAAUCAACAGCCGCUGAAUUUGGCGGAUUUGAUAUUCUGAUUUCUAAUGCUGCCGUUAAUCCGGAUUCUGGACGUCUUUUAAAGUGCACUGAACUAGUUUGGGACAAGAUCUUUGACGUCAACGUCAAGGCUUCAUUUUUCCUAGCCAAGGAAUCUAUUCCUCACAUGGAGAAGAGAGGAAAAGGAUCAAUCAUUUUCAUUUCUUCUAUUGGCGCUUAUCUCCCAAAUUUCGCCGUUGACUUUACUGGAGCUUAUGCUUUGAGCAAAACCGCUCUUCUUGGUGUAACCAAGCUGUUGUCGAUGGAAUUGGGUACCAGAGGAAUUCGCGUUAAUUCCAUCUGCCCUGGUCUCAUUGAAACUCGAUUCGGCGAUGUGAUCACCAGUGAUAAGAGGACCCCUACACUCAUGUAUCAUAACUGCCCAAUGCGAAGAAACGGAAAACCAGAAGAAAUGGCCGGUUUAGCUGCCUUUUUGGCAUCGGAUGACUCAUCAUACAUUACCGGAAGCAACAUUGUUGCUGCUGGAGGAAUGCAAUCCAAUUUCUAAUCGCCUCAAAUUUUUCUUUGUAUCAUUCUACGUGUUCCAUUUAUUAUUAUUUCCCAUACUUUAUAGCUUCCAGUGAAGUAUUGUGAGCAAAAUCAGACUCAAAAGAAUAAAAUAACUUUCUUUUAUUA